AUGCCUCUGACAAUACCUCGUGAAUUCAAAGCAUUCUUACAUGACGGUGAUAAUGCUAUCACAGCUACAGACGCACACUCUCUCACCUAUGACGGUCAACUCGUUUUCACUUCGCCUAAUAUGAAUUUUGUUCCCCAACUAUACAACAAUCCCUCCGAUAUUGUGCAAGCGAGGGCGGAUGGGAAGUUUUGGACGAUGGAUCCUUUCCAGUGGCCUCAAAUCACUGACCUAUGGUAUGCUUGGUGGUCGCCAUCUUUUUCUGAUAAUUUUGAGCCACUAUCUCCUGGUCAUGUCUUUGGCAAGCUGAAGUCCACCCACCGUGAUCACCUAUUUCGACUCUACGAGCGGGCUAACAAUUUGCGCUCUGUUUUUGAGCGCUUCAAAGAGACGCAGGCUUGGCGGUAUAUUGUGAUGAUCUUGGCCGAGUUUCAGAGGCGAUUCCUGGAGAUAUGGAGCAUGAUGGAUUACCUUGAGAUCUUUGAGCCACGGCUGAAAUUUGAGGACAGAGCGCACGGGGUCAACAAGACUUGGAUGGGGUGCUUCACCAAAGACUCCGCUAUCACGCUCAUUGAUGAUAAGAUUAACAUCCGCCAAGUUGUUCCCUUCACUCCUGCUGACCUCGUGUUUGGGAUGUACCUCCAUCCCAUUAAGAACUUCACUCAGCCUUUCAAUAUCCGUUACAAGGGUCCAAGUAAUCAUCAAUGCCAGGCUGCAGUUCAUCAACCGUACCUUACUUUUGAAGAGAUCCCCAUAGAUCAAACCGAAGUCAAUUGCUUUGCAGCUUCCAGAGAGCCAUCAUCGGGUAAAGCGCCCACCAAGACCAUGAAAAAUAAGUCCGUAGUAUAUGAACUGACCGCUCUGCGCCAGAACCAGUCUCAAGUUGGACAUGACAAAUGGUCCAAUGUGGCUCACCCGUUCAUGCCCAACAUCAACACCUUCUUCGCAUGGGCUAUGACUCACGCGGAGAAAGAUUUGAGUCGUGUCAAGCCAACCCACGCAAGAAUGGAUGAGGGAUACAGGCUCCCCGAUCCUGGAUUAUUUGUCAACAUCCUUUCCUCACAGUCUCUGAAGAAAUAUCUUGCUAACUGGUUAGCAUGCUGUGAGUCGUGGCUGAGGCAUGUUUAUAUGUCGCCUCCAUCUCUGCUCCCUCGGUCCCAAAGCUGGCGUGAUCUAUUGAUCAUGCAGCCAACAACACCACAGCCCUCGUCAUCAAGUGGUCAGAUGCCAUCAGGCAAGACUGGCAAGUCCAAAGCCAAACUCGACCUGUUCUUUGGAGAUGAAUUAUCGCUCCUACGCCAGUUUUGGACUGGAUCCCAGAUGUUGCAAUGGAGGGGCCAGAAAAUCGAAGCAGCAAUACUCGAGAAUCCGCCGCAUCGUCUCAUUCAACAGAUCAUAUACGAGAUUUGCGAGCAAAGCUUCCGAUACGACCUUCUGGAACUCGACGAACAUCUUGCCGGUCACAUGUGGCUGGAUCGGGAGGCGAAGAAGUGUCGCAUGGAGUUGCUCUGUGGCAUUUUUCCUCAGCAUGAUGCUCUUCCAUAUUUCGAGAAUUUUCGUCAAGUGUUGAUCGCAUGGGACGGUGCUCCUCAAGAUCUCAAACAGCCUUUUACUGAGUUGAUGCCUGAGGGAGAGAAGUGGCAAUGCAUGAAGCAAUGUGCCCUGUUUUAUGUACAAUCAUUUUAUGACAACACAGGUCACCCCCCCAUGGUCUCUCAUAUACUUUACGUGGGUCCAUAG